UCCAGUACAGUCACUGAUUUACCUUUGGUAAACGCGUACUUCGGUCUGAAAUGGCGAGCGUACUUAUUUUCUUGUUGAUUUUCGUCACAAUCUUUGUGCGACGGUUCUUAAACCGACGUAAGCAGCUGUUGCAGUUUGCGAAGAAUUUUCCCGGACCCAAACCACAUCCGCUGAUUGGAAAUCUGAUGGAAUUCCGUACGGAUAUUCCUGGGAUUUUCAAGCGCAUGGUAGAGCUUCACGGAGAGUAUGGACCCGAUAUGAUUACCUGGGAUAUCGGAAAUGAUAUGAUGCUGAUUCUGAACACUUCACGUUGCGUCGAGAAAGUGCUGAUGGCAAAAGCUACUCAAAAGUCCCAGAUUUACGAGUUUAUCGAGAAGUGGCUCGGAAGGGGACUUCUGAUCUCGUCCGGGGAAAAGUGGUUCCAAAGACGAAAAAUAAUCACGCCCACGUUUCAUUUCAAAAUUCUCGAAGGGUUUGCCGAAGUUUUCGACCGAGCUUCGAACGUGUUGGUGGAAAAGUUGCGGAAACACCUGGAUGGGGACGAGUUCGACAUCUAUGACUACAUUUCGUUGCAUGCACUGGAUAGCAUCUGCGAAACGUCCAUGGGAGUUAAGAUCAAUGCCCAGGAUGACCCUCACAACCAGUACGUGUGCGAUGUGAAGGAAAUGAGUGAAGUUAUUUUGAGGCGGAUAUUUGGUGUCUUGAGCUCGUUUCCAAACUUGUACUGGUCCUUAACAUCGGAUGCACGGAAACAACGCAAGCUUAUCAAGCGGUUGCACCAUUUUACUGAUUCAGUAAUCCACCAAAGGCGCACACAAUUGAAAAGUGAACAGCGUCUGAAGAAUGUGGAAUUCGAUAUUGACGAAGCAGAUAUGUAUGCGAAGAGAAAGCAUUCCUUCCUAGAUCUCCUGCUAAGCGUAACCGUCGAGGGGAACCCGCUCUCAGAUUUGGACAUACGAGAAGAAGUAGACACAUUCAUGUUCGAAGGACACGACACUACCACGUCAGGAAUCGCCUUCACAAUUAUGCAGCUGGCCAAGCAUCAAGACAUUCAACAAAAAGUCUACGACGAGCUCGUCACCAUCCUCGGAAAAGAAAGCUGCAAAACAGCCCCGCUAACCUACUCCAACAUUCAAGACUUCAAGUACCUGGACAUGGUGGUGAAAGAAUCUCUAAGACUUCUGCCACCUGUUUCCUUCAUCGGACGAAAACUUGUUGAAGAUACCGAACUCAACGGGGCAAUCGUCCCGGCCGGGAUCGAUGUGACGGUUUCGAUCUACAUCGUUCAUCGCAAUCCGGCUGUCUACCCGGAUCCCGAGCGCUUCAUCCCGGAACGGUUCGACGAAAAUGGAACCGCACCGAAGCGUGGCCCGUUUGAUUAUAUUCCGUUUAGUGUGGGUUCGCGGAACUGUAUCGGUCAACGGUACGCUCUGAUGGAGCUGAAGAUCACCAUCAUUCGACUGCUGGCCAGUUAUCGGAUUUUGCCGGGAAAUAGUUUUAAGGACAUACGGUUGAAAACCGAUCUGGUUUUGCGGCCGCAUAACGGUAUUCCUAUUAAAGUUGUUCGGAGAAAAUAAAGCCUAA